AUGAAAGGGAAGGCUCCCAUGUCCAUAAUAACCGACGGUGACAGGCAAAUGAAGUCUGCGAUCGAGCAAGUUUUUCCAGAGGCUCACCAUCGAAUCUGUGCUUGGCAUCUACUCCGAAAUACCACGAGCAACAUCGAAAAGCCUAAAUUCACCAGGAUGUUUAGGGAUUGCAUGCUUGGCGACUACGAGGUCCGAACAUUCCAGAGAAAGUGGUUUGAGAUGGUUGAGAAAUUUGGCAUCGCCGAUAAAAGAUGGGUACAAGACAUGUACGAGAGAAGGCACAGUUGGGCCACAACACACAUACGGGGAAAGUUCUUUGCCGGAUUUCGAACAACAUCAAGGUGCGAGGCCUUGCACACUGUGAUAUCACGGUAUGUUAAGUCUCGAUAUAGUUACACUGAGUUUUUACGUCAUUUCCAUCGAUGCUUGAUGUUCGUGCGUGCAAAGAAAGUGGAGGCUGAUUUCGAGUGUACAAAGGGUGACCCUGUUAUGACCACCAACCUGAAACAGGCCUGUGCAAUGAGGGUGGUUGAUUAUGAAGACAACAGUUUCUAUUUUAUCCACACCGUCUCUCGAUACGGCACUUCGGGAAAGGAUUGGCGUGUUGUUGCAACGUCUGAUAUGAGGGCGGUCCGAUGCACGUGCAUGAGAAUGGAAUGUUUCGGGGUCCCCUACGAACAUAUAAUUGCGGUGCUUGUUCUUAACAAUGUUCAUGAAAUCCCAAGGUCUCUGAUAUUGUCGAGAUGGACCAAUGAUGCAAAACUUGUGGCGGUGCAGUCGAUGGGCGUGAUUUGGGAUUCUCACUUCGAGAACGAAGAUGCAGGGGACACCAGUUUUCCACCCGAGGGGCCACCUACUGAGGGUGGCAGAGCCCCGGCGCAGAAUCCACCCAGGCGCAAUACAAAGGGUAACGGUGCUCACGGUGAAAAGAAACCCCAGCGAUGUCGUUUGUGCCGGGUGGUGGGACACAACAAGACGACGUGUCCAGACCGCCGCACAAUGGAGUCAUCCAGCGCAGUUGCAGAUGACAUGGAUUCGAUGGACACUGACAUGCUCUAUGAUAACCUAUCCGGCGAUCUGUAUGCGACCGCAAAGAUUCCUUUAUUCCAAUGCUCUGAUAGUGACAUGCAGGCUGGGUUUGUUAACAGCGACUUCGCUGAGACCAACACAUCCGGGCCAGUCAUGUCUCUCGCUGAUUGA